AUGCUGACCACCAUCACCGACGGUUUCCUUUGCUGCCUCCUGGGCAAGACCCCCAACGCUGUGGGGCCGCUGGACAGCGUUGAAUCCAGCGACGGCUUCACCUUCCUGGAAGUCAAACCCGGCCGAAUCCUCCGGAUCCGUCACAACGUUCCCAACCGCCCGGAAUUCCCGGCGGAACCGGAGGAACCGUCGCCGCGCCGCCGCGGCGCCGUGCGCUGCAAACGCCGCAUCACGCUCUACCGCAACGGGCAACUCCUCAUUGAGAACCUCGGCGACGCCGAGUGCCGAAACCUCGACCUCGACGCCGAGUUGGAAAUACCGGAUCCGCCGGGAAUUCCGCCGGGAAUUCCUCCCAAGGACGGCGCCAAACGUCGCAAGCGCAAACCCAAGAAAGUGGUGACGGUGGAUUGCGAGAAACUCAUCACGAGCUGCAAGGGCACGCACGGGGACGUGGUGCUGUUCUUCAUCCACGGCGUGGGAGGUUCCUUGGACAUCUGGAAGGAGCAGCUGGAAUUCUUCGCCAAGUUGGGAUACGAGGUGGUGGCUCCGGAUUUGGCCGGGCACGGUUGCAGCUCGGCACCGCCCGUGGCCGCUGCCUACACGUUCUACGCGCUGGCCGAGGACAUGAGGGCCGUGUUCAAACGUUACGCCAAAAAAAGGAACAUCCUGGUGGGGCAUUCCUAUGGGGUGUCCUUCUGCACCUUCCUGGCACACGAGUACCCGGAGCUGGUGCACAAGGUGAUCAUGAUCAAUGGUGGUGGCCCCACGGCGCUGGAGCCCAGCCUGUGCUCCAUCUUCAACCUGCCACCCUGUGUGCUGCACUGCCUGUCCCCCUGCCUGGCCUGGAGCUUCCUCAAGGCCGGCUUUGCCCGCCAAGGUGCCAAAGAGAAGCAGCUGCUGAAGGAGGGCAACGCCUUCAACGUCUCGUCCUUUGUGCUGCGGGCAAUGAUGAGUGGCCAGUACUGGCCCGAGGGUGAUGAGCUGUACCACGCUGAGCUGGCAGUGCCCGUGCUGCUGGUCCAUGGCAUGCACGACAAGUUCGUGCCUGUCGAGGAGGAUCAGAGGAUGGCAGAGAUCCUGCUGAUCGCCUUCCUGAAGGUGAUCGACGAGGGCAGCCACAUGGUGAUGCUGGAGUGUCCCGACACGGUGAACACGCUGCUGCACGAGUUCGUCCUCUGGGAGCCCGAGACGCCCGACGGCGACGGCGACACCAAAUGAGGGCCAGCGCCGGGCCAGGACACCGGGCUGCUCCCCCGGGAGAGGCGGAGCGCGGAGAGGGCUCCGGUUUGUGUGCCCGAGCACGGAGCGAGGAGGCUCCGCCAGGCCGGGAUGUGCAGAGCCGGCAGCAGGAGCGAGGGGAGGCGGCGGAGCCGGUCCCCGACCCUGGGGACAGAGGGGACGUGGAACGGCCUGUCCCCAGCCCCGGACAUUGUCACAGCCUGUCCCCAACCCCGAGGACAGCAGGGACAUGGCACGACCAGUCCCCAACCCCAGGGACAGGUGGGACAUGGAACAGCCUGUCCCCAACCCCGGACAUUGUCACACAUGGUCCCCCGACCCCAG